AUGCAGAAAGUGGGAAAGUUGGAUACCCAAGUGAACGGACAAAGCAUCCAGCCUUGUAAGCUUCGUAUCAGACUUAUACGUUGUAGAAAUAACACAACUAGGAAGCAAGAGGUGAAGGCGUCGGUACAAGAGCUUGCCUCUCGAGCUACUUCCCGAGUCAAGGCUGUAGCCGCGGAAAAGAUCACACCACCAAAUUCAGCUUAUCAAUUUGAGGUUUCUUGGCGAGGAUAA